AAAAUCUCGCAGACGUCCGAUGUGCACAACAUCUCUGCAAACUUACUGUAUAAAUGGCGCCCUCUCCUGUUUAUUUAAAUUCAACAUGGCAGACUCCAGCAAGGAACACGAUUCUGCUUCGCCUUCGGGCAGACGAAUUUUAGAUAAAAUUUGCUUCUCGUGUUUACCAGUUGUAGGGGCUGCAAGCCACACAUUAUUUGCCAUGCAUAUACUGGAUAGGAACCUUCUGCCGGGAUUGUUCCCAAAGUGUCACUUGGGCGUGGCCAACAGCCUCCUCUUCAACUCCCACCUCGGGAUCGGUCUCUACGUCUUCAACCGCCCCUGCCUCCGCACCGCCUCCAUGCAGCAACGCGUCCUCUGGAGUGUCUACAGCUCGGCCAUGUUCAACUUCGGCUCUGUCUUGCUGUUUGCGACAGGAAAACAGUUAUUGGCCGAAGAUAAACUGGUUGGAACGCUCUAUGCCAUGUCAGCGAGCCUGUGCUUCUUAGUCGUCGGAAAACAGUUCUUUGAUUUCUUGGACUCGCGUUACUUAUGAGAGAAUUGCCUUUUGAUUCAUGGAUUUGUAAUUUAGUCAAAGAAGUUAAAAUCUGACUUGGAAAUUGUUAUAACCCUACAUCCAGGAGGGGAAAAGUACUGCAUGAUUAAAUUUUCUUAUCAACUGCAGCUGUAUGUUUCUUUAUAAGCUGCCUAACAGAAAUAUUUUAGAAUAGGUGCAUUACGCGCCAUGUACAAACACUGGCACCAGUACUACUAUCAUAUCUUGCCUUUCAUAAGGACUUCCAGCACUGGCAAUAUUCUUUGGCAUGAAUUGCCUUUUCUUCACUCUAGUUCAUAGUGCAAGAUAAAAGAAAUGUCUGUAUUUACAAGGUGGACGGAACUUCGAUCAUUUUGACAAAAAUUGUAAUGACCUUUUGCAUUUUGAUGAGGGAGAAAUUUUGCAUAAAUUUGAAGAAUUUGACCAUCAAAAGGACACACAAUUAGUUUUAAAAUGUGCAGCAUUUUACAAGGCACAUUAAUGUAAAUAUAUUUUGGGAAGUAUUGGUAACUCUACUUCACUGGAUUGUAUUUAAUAAUGUUCUUGUGAAUUGAAAUCGCAGGCUUCUUUAAUGUUGAUUUGUUUAACCUCAAACAACGAUGGGAGAUAAAUUUAUUACAUAAAAGUUGUUGAUUUUGACGUUUUGUAAAAA